AUGUCUGUGAACAAAAGAGACUCAGCACGAAAUGCAAUUAAACGCUCUCUUGAACUCAGUAAAGCUGAAAGCGGAAAAUACUCCAAACAGCAGCUGGAAGUAUACAUAGAGCUUUUACGUGAACAAUGGGGCCGGUUUAAUAUUGCUCAAGAAAUUGUGGAAGAGUCAUGCGGAGCGAACGCCAUAGAAGCAGAACAGUACGAAAGAGAACAGGGCGAACAAUGGUAUGCAUCCGCAAUGUCAAAUUUCAAAGCAAUGCUCGAAGCACAAUCUUCUCUUAACACAACAACUGUAGGCGAAGUUUCACGCAGCACUUCUGUCAUUCCAAACAUCAAGCUUCCAGCAUUUAAUUUACCUCAUUUUGAAGGAGAUCCGACAACAUGGCUCACAUUUUUCGACAGUUUCAGUGCCAUCGUACUAAAACACGAAACGCUGACUGGAAGUCAAAAAUUGCACUAUUUACGCUGCUGCUUGUCUAAAGAGCCGCUGCAACUAAUCUCAAAUUUCAAACUUCAAGAUGCAAAUUUCAGCGAAGCCUGGAAUUUAUUAACAACACGGUACAAUAUUCCGCGUGUUAUUAAAGAUCAUCAUUUCCGUGCUAUUUUUUCGGUGCAAAAGGCAAACAGCGACACUCCUACUGCAAUCAAAGGUGUACUAGACCCCAUCAUGCAAAAUGUUCGUGCAUUGAAAGCUUUGGCGCUGCCGGUUCAACAUUGGGAUGAAUGGCUUAUACACGUAAUUGUGCAUACGCUAGCAAACGAAACAAGACGACAAUGGGAACUUUCACUUGGAGAACAACAAGAGGUAGAUCUUAAUAUUUUGCAGGAAUUUCUCGAAACUCGAUGUCGCUCGCUAGAGGCAGCGUUGACGCAUACUGGGCUUACGAAACAGACUGCAGCAAAACCCAAAAACAAAAUCAAUGCAUAUCACGCCACGCAAGGGGGUCAGACGGAUUCCAAACGGUGUUUGUAUUGUUCUGGUGAGCAUAGAAUUUAUCAAUGCCCUCAAUUUCGUGAAAUCCCGGUAACCACGCGAAAGGGCGUAAUCCGAAAUAAAAACGCUUGUACAAACUGUUUGAGCGAGAUGCAUAAAAGAGACAAGUGCCGAAGCGCAUCAACGUGCAGAAUAUGCAGACAUCGCCACCAUACGCUACUUCAUUAUUCCGAAACCGGCACUACUUCGAUGGAUACUGCGAAUUCACAAUCAUCCAAAAAUAGUGACAAUGCAAACAUCACCUUACUUGCAAGGCAUUCGUCGUACUCUGCCACUGCCGCACUAAGCGCACCAGAAGCAACCGCUUCGGACACACAUUCUGACGCGACCUUUGGGCAAGCGGUUCUUCUCGCUACUGCCCAAUUACGAGCAUGUGACAUCAACGGAAAGCAGCAUGUUUUGCGCGCGCUUUUUGAUUCAGGCUCAGACUCUUCAUUUAUAACUGAAGCAUGUGUUCAAAGAUUACAAUUAGCUAAAAGGCGAAGUGAAGUCAUUGUGUCCGGAAUCGGAUGCUCAAAGGGUAAGGUAAAGGGCGAAACAUCAUUGUUGUUGACGCCAAUGGAGGGCACCGAAACAUUCCCUCUAUCUGCUCUCGUGUUGACAAAGCUUACAGAAUCUUUGCCCGCGGCGAAAAUACACUCCUCCAAAUGGCCGCACAUUGAAGGCUUAAAAUUAGCUGAUCCGCAGUAUUACCUGCCAGCUCGCAUAGACUUAGUUAUAGGGUCUGAUGAAAUGUAUUCGCUAUUGGAAACAGAGGUUAUAAAGGGCCCGCCUAAUACUCCGAUCGCGCAGAAGACAGUUUUUGGCUGGGUGCUGUUCGGCAAGCUAACUACCUUAGAUAAAUCGAACAAUACAUCUCCUUGCUUAUAUUCAGAUAGCGACUUAACAAAGGCAGUGAUAAAGGCGUGGACACUUGAUGAAUUACCGGAGACUCGUUACUUUACGACAGAAGAGACAAGAUGUGAAAAUCUAUUCGAAACAACUCACCGACGAAACACGCAAGGGCGCUUUAUCGUGCAUUUCCCAUUUAGGGAAAAUAUUAAAUUAGGUGACUCACGGGCUAUAGCGGUACAAUGCUGGUUAAGAAUGGAAAGAAGGCUUGAGCUAAAUAACGAGCAUCGAGAACAAUAUCAUGCAUUCUUGCAAGAUAUGUUGGAUCAGGGUCAUAUGGAGCCGGUAAGUAACGUGCCUUCAUCAAAUUACUAUAUGCCACAUCACAGCGUUAUCAAAGAGUCGAGCUGCACAACGAAAACGCGUAUCGUUUUCAACGCUUCGCAAAAAACUACAAACGGCCUGUCGCUUAAUGAUAAUUUGAUGAUCGGGCCGCAACUUCAGGAAGACUUAGUUUCUAUUUUAAACCGCUUUCAAAUUCACAAGUACGCCUUAACCGCUGACAUCAGCGGUAUGUAUCGUCAGGUAAUGGUCGCUGAAGAACACGUCGAUUAUCAACGAGUCAUAUGGCGCAGAAGCAAACAUGAGCCCUUACAAGAUUUUCGUAUAUUAAGGGUUACUUAUGGUAUUGCCUCUAGCUCUCAUCUCGCAAUCAAAGCGCUGCAGCAGACAGCCAAAGAAGCCGCUACAUGCUACCCCCUCGCAUCUUCCGUCAUCCUCCGAGAUUUUUAUAUGGACGACUUGUUAACCGGUAGCUCAUCCGAAACAAGCCUCAAUAGUCUGCGCAAGGAAAUAUCCCGAAUACUUGGAAAUGGUUGCUUUGAACUGCGGAAGUGGGCAUCAAACUCGCCAUUCGUCAUCCGCAAUAUUCCUCUCGAUGCAAGAGAGCACAAUAUAUCUCAUUUGCUUGCUGACGACGAUACAGUACGCGCUUUAGGACUAAUGUGGAAUUCCACGGAUGACUACUUAUACUUCGACAUCAAAUUGGGGUCCCCACCGAAAAAUCUCACCAAGAGAUCGCUUUUGUCAGAUUCCUGUCGAUUAUUCGAUCCUACAGGGAAGCUGGCUCCAAUCACCUUGGUCCCCAAAACGUUAUUCCAACGACUCUGGCAACUUGGCUUAGACUGGGAUGAUGCAGUACCAGAAGACAUCGCCGCUUGCUGGCUGAAUCAUCGCGAGAAUUUAAAAUUACUUUCUGGACUCAAAAUCCAAAGAUGGCUUGGAACCGGAAUGGAAGGUUCAAAGACAGAUCUGCACUGCUUCGCAGACGCUUCAGAGCAGGCUUACGCUGGUGUAGUAUACGCUCGGACACGACAUGCUGACGGCUCAAUAACUGUAGCUAUGGUAAGUGCAAAAACAAAGGUCUCGCCUCUCCGUUCUAUUUCCAUAGCUAAGCUCGAGUUGUGCGCCGCCGUUCUGGUCUCAAAACUCGCACAUCACGUUCAACAAUCGUUAGCUGGACUGGUAUCCAAGAUAUAUGGAUGGACGGAUUCUAUGAACGCAUUGGCCUGGUUACAAAGCCACCCCAGCCGCUGGUCUGUAUUUGUAGCGAACCGAGUCGCAACAGCACAAUCGAAUAUAGCAUCGGAAGAUUGGUCCCAUGUGUGUACAACCGAUAAUCCAGCUGAUUGCGCAUCAAGAGGUAUGCAACCUGCGCAAUUUAUCCAGCAUAAAUUAUGGUGGAAUGGGCCUCCCUGGUUGUCGCAGGAUGAUAAAUACUGGCCUAACUCACCAUCAAUACCACCGACAGAGUUGGAACUGCGUCCAAAGCGAACCCUGACUCACACCGCUUCUAUUGGCGCUGCUAGCUUCAUAGCGCGAGAUAUGCUCGCUAGGUUUUCGUCGUUUUUACGUUUGAAACGCAUUACAGCUUAUUGGUUGCGAUAUAUACGCAAUUUGCGAGAAAAGCAAAGGCAAGGAGGUCCGUUAACAUACGCAGAGUUACGUGCCGCCGAAGAAUACUGGAUACGUCAGCUCACUAAUUCGGCUCAACGUAUUCCUCGACAACAACAACAUAUUAAGGGCGGGUAG